CGGCGACCAGGGCAGCGGGACUCCGGGCGCGCGGGGCUGGGCGGCGGCCGGGGCCGGGCGGGAAGUUGGGGCGGCGGGCGGCCCAGGGAGCGGGGCGCCAAGUUCCGGCGUCCGUGCGAGGCCAACUUGGAUACGCGCUCCUCCGGUGACCGCCGCGCCCGGUCCGGCGAGGACCUUCUCGGUCCCCGGGUCCCCCGAACUAGUUCCCGAAAGCAGACCCGCGGCACUCUGUGCGGAAUUUUGGAUGCUGCUGUUCUUUUUCUCUUCGCUUUGUACCCGUCACAAAGUGGCUGACAACAUCAACCUUUCUUGAUGGACCCAUUCAUCAAAUGAAAUAUGCUUGUACUAUUUGUAAAAAGCUUUUUAUCUCAACAUAGAAAAGCUUCACCCCUAAAAUGGAAAUGAGGACAUUUGAUAGGCUGAUUUAAGUAGUGGAUAUUAAGAUAUUCCAUCAAAUCAUUGAACCAGAGGAUAAAUAUUGAAUAAAUUAACCCCAAUACUGUUUUUUACCCAGGAAGAUUUCAUCUUGAGAGAAAAAGAACUUUGUUUUCUGAAAUGAAAAAUGAGACAAGAACAGGCUUAAAAGAAAAUAGGUGAAGAUAUUAGUAUAGUAAAUAAGCAAUGUCAACGAUUAUUCUCAUGAAGAUAUAACUCAAUGAUGUGAAGUCCUUCACAGAUCCCAGGUUUUGGUCCUAAAGACGAGACUUUUUUGAUGGAACUCAUUAAGAGAAGUAGUAUUUUUUGUUUAUUCAAACUGCAGUAACAGAAUUUGUUACCAUUGGUAUGAGUGUCUUAAUAGAGGAAAUAAAGAAACUUUCAUCUAAAUCAAAAGUGCAGUCAUUUUUGUGCUGCCCUUAUUUUGAAUACCAUUUAAAAAGAAUUGACAACUAUUUUUAAAGAUUAAAGAAAGGCAGAUGUCUGCAAAUAAUUCCCCUCCAUCAGCCCAGAAGUCUGUAGUACCUGGAACAAUUCCUGCUGUGCUUCCAACUUCUCCAUGUUCAAGUCCUAAGACAGGAUUCUCUGCCCGACUCUCUAAUGGCAGCUUCAGCGCACCACCCCUCACCAACUCCAGAGGUUCUGUGCAUACAGUUUCAUUUCUACUGCAGAUUGGCCUCACGCGGGAGAAUGUUACCAUUGAAGCCCAGGAGCUGUCCUUAUCUGCUGUCAAGGAUCUUGUGUGCUCCAUUGUUUAUCAGAAGUUUCCAGAGUGUGGAUUCUUUGGCAUGUAUGACAAAAUUCUUCUCUUUCGCCAUGACAUGAACUCCGAAAAUAUUUUGCAGCUGAUUACUUCAGCAGAUGAAAUACAUGAAGGAGAUCUAGUAGAAGUUGUUCUGUCAGCUUUGGCCACAGUAGAAGAUUUCCAGAUUCGUCCCCAUACUCUAUAUGUACAUUCUUACAAAGCUCCUACUUUCUGUGAUUAUUGUGGUGAGAUGCUCUGGGGAUUGGUACGUCAAGGGCUAAAAUGUGAAGGCUGUGGAUUAAAUUAUCAUAAAAGAUGUGCCUUCAAGAUUCCAAAUAACUGUAGUGGAGUAAGAAAGAGACGUCUGUCAAAUGUAUCUCUACCAGGACCUGGCCUCUCAGUUCCAAGACCCCUCCAGCCUGAAUGUGUACCCCUUCUUAGUGAAGAGACACAUAUCCACCAAGAACCAAGCAAGAGAAUUCCAUCAUGGAGUGGUCGCCCAAUCUGGAUGGAAAAGAUGGUAAUGUGCAGAGUAAAAGUUCCACACACAUUUGCUGUUCACUCUUAUGGCCGUCCCACAAUAUGUCAGUACUGCAAAAGGCUACUAAAAGGUCUUUUUCGCCAAGGAAUGCAAUGCAAAGAUUGCAAAUUCAAUUGCCAUAAACGGUGUGCAUCAAAAGUACCACGAGACUGCCUUGGGGAGGUUUCUUUCAAUGGAGAACCUUCCAGUAUGGGAACAGAUACAGAUAUACCAAUGGAUAUUGAUAGUAACGACAUGAACACUGAUGGUAAUCGGAGUUUAGAUGACACAGAAGAGCCGUCUCCUCCAGAAGAUAAAAUGUUCUUCCUGGAUCCCUCUGAUCUUGAUGUGGAACGAGAUGAAGAAGCUGUUAGAACAAUCAGUCCAUCAACAAGCAAUAACAUUCCACUAAUGAGGGUUGUACAGUCCAUCAAGCAUACAAAGAGGAAGAGCAGCACAAUGGUGAAGGAGGGGUGGAUGGUCCAUUACACCAGCAGAGAUAAUCUGAGAAAGAGGCAUUAUUGGAGACUUGACAGCAAAUGUCUAACAUUAUUUCAAAAUGAAUCUGGAUCAAAGUAUUAUAAGGAAAUUCCACUUUCAGAAAUUCUGCAAGUGUCUUCGCCAAGAGAUUUCACAAACAUUUCACAAGGAAGCAACCCACACUGUUUUGAAAUCAUUACUGACACUAUGGUAUACUUUGUUGGUGAGAAUAAUGGGGACAGCUCUCAUAAUCCUGUUCUUGCUGCCACUGGAGUUGGACUUGAUGUAGCACAGAGCUGGGAAAAAGCAAUUCGCCAAGCCCUCAUGCCUGUGACCCCUCAAGCAAGUGUUUGCACUUCUCCAGGGCAAGGGAAAGAUCACAAAGAUUUGUCUACCAGUAUCUCCGUGUCUAAUUGUCAGAUCCAGGAGAAUGUGGACAUCAGUACUGUUUACCAGAUCUUUGCAGAUGAGGUCCUUGGCUCAGGCCAAUUUGGCAUUGUUUAUGGAGGAAAACAUAGAAAGACUGGAAGAGAUGUGGCUAUUAAAGUGAUUGACAAGAUGAGAUUCCCCACAAAGCAAGAAAGUCAACUACGUAAUGAAGUGGCUAUUUUACAGAAUCUGCACCAUCCUGGGAUUGUAAACCUGGAAUGUAUGUUUGAAACACCCGAACGUGUUUUUGUGGUAAUGGAAAAACUACAUGGAGAUAUGUUGGAAAUGAUUCUAUCUAGUGAGAAAAGUCGGCUUCCAGAACGAAUUACUAAGUUUAUGGUCACACAGAUACUUGUUGCUUUGCGGAAUCUACAUUUUAAGAACAUUGUGCACUGUGAUUUAAAGCCAGAAAAUGUGCUGCUUGCAUCAGCAGAGCCAUUUCCUCAGGUGAAACUGUGUGACUUUGGAUUUGCACGCAUUAUUGGUGAGAAGUCAUUCAGGAGAUCAGUAGUAGGAACUCCAGCAUACCUAGCCCCUGAGGUUCUCAGGAGCAAAGGUUACAACCGUUCUCUAGAUAUGUGGUCAGUGGGAGUCAUUGUCUAUGUGAGCCUCAGUGGCACAUUUCCAUUCAAUGAGGAUGAAGAUAUAAAUGACCAAAUCCAAAACGCUGCAUUUAUGUACCCACCAAAUCCAUGGAGAGAAAUUUCUAGUGAAGCAAUUGAUUUGAUAAACAACUUGCUUCAAGUGAAGAUGAGGAAACGUUACAGUGUUGACAAAUCUCUUAGCCAUCCCUGGCUACAGGACUAUCAGACAUGGCUUGACCUUAGAGAAUUUGAAACUCGAAUCGGAGAACGUUACAUUACGCAUGAAAGUGAUGAUGCUCGCUGGGAAAUCCAUGCAUACACACACAACCUGGUGUACCCAAAGCACUUCAUUAUGGCUCCCAAUCCAGAUGACAUGGAAGAAGAUCCUUAAUGAUCAGUGAACUAACUUCAGUAAGAGUUUCAUCUUAUGGACUAAAGUUUUGCUGCAUAAUUUGUUCCUUGGAGGCUGUCACCUGCAAGGAUGCAAAGACAUGAGGAAACGUGAGAAGGCACUGGGAGCACCGAUACUGCAGUUCAUGAGUAGGUACAGGAAGGGACACUGAGCAGAAAGGGAUCAAGCAGAAGCGUCUUAUAAAUUUUGUAGCAUAAGCAAUAACUGGUUUUGUAUUUUUUCUUAAUUCUUCCCUUUUAAGAACAAUAAUGCCAUUUAAUUUAUCUUCCCUUUCCUAAUAUUACACACUUUUUUUAAAAGGCAAGCUAGCAUCCAGUUAUUGUGUUAGCAUUAACUGUGAGGCUAACAGUAUAUGAUUUACAAAAGAACUUUCUGAAUAAUUUGUCUAAGUGACCACCAGGAUUUUAAAGUUUUUCCUAGAUACAUAUAAGAGGAGCACUGGACUAUUUCACCUUUUUAUGUCAGACAAGACUCUAAAAACAGUUAUUUCUAACCUUUUUUGGAACUUCGACUCUUAAUAUGGCCUCUGCAACAUAAAACUUAAAUUAUCAUCUUUGUGAAUCUUUCAUGAUAGCUAGUAGGAUUGGGGAUGACUGAUAUUACAGAGUCCUGUAGAAACUGUCCCUGAGUGCUGAGUGGUUAUGUGUGCCUUCUCGUAGCUCAGCUGUGCUGAACAUUCAUGUUCCCACGGGACACCAUCCAGAUGCCACACUGUAUCCUGACAUUCAAUGGGUGCAUAUCUAAACUUCAAUUACAUAAUUUAUUUUUACCUAGGGUCAAAUAAUCUGAGGGGAAAAGUACAUACUAAAAAAAAGAUCAAUGAAAGGCCAGUUAAUUCUGCUGUCACUAUGUAGCAAACUAUGCCUUUAUUUUCCCUUAGCCUAUUGGAGGACUUUACAAUAUCUAGAAUGUUUUAAAACUAUUCAAUUUUAAAAGCUAUUUGAGGGAGUGGAUAGAGGUAGACAUGAAACAGUUGGUAAGAGUUGAACUAUGUUAUCAAUAUAGCAAAUUAAACAAUAAGAACUUUUUAUAUAUCAGCUCCAGCAUCAAACUAUUUUAAAAAUAUUUACUAAUACAGGUUAAGUAUCCCUUAUGUGAAAUGCUUCUAAGUGAGGUAAAAAUAUACAUGAGUGUAUUUAAUAAUUUUAAAAGUAUAAAAAUGUUCAUUUUCCCACAGAAUUUGGGAGAACAAAGAAAAGAUUGAUCUUGUAUGUUAACAGACUAAGAAUGUCAUUAGAGAUCCUUAAAGCUAUUCAUUUAGGACUAAGAAUAUCCUUAAAAGAGUAAUAGAAACAUUACACAGUGCCUCUGUGCUUUAAGUUUUUAAAUAUAUUUUAAUUUAUUCUCACAACAGUCACAUUGAAAGUACAUUACGAAUCUUAGAGAUAAGAAAUUGAGGCAUGGGAGAUUAGUUGCUGAGGUUAUGAACCCUCCUGGUCAUUAUGCUACACUACAGACCUCUAGGAGACUUUCCACAUAUUUCAUAAUAUGUCCUCACGGCUGCAAAGGUAUAACCAAAUCAAUUUUGAGAAUCUUUGUUAUAAAUGGACUUUUCCUGUGAUGGACAAUGACAUCCCCAUAUUUCUCCAAAGUAUGUCUUCAUAUGAGUAUACACAAAGUGGAAAAAUUUUUUUGAGUCACUAGGCAACCUACUGGGAAAUCCAUGCAUACACACACAACCUGGUGUACCCAAAGCACUUCAUUAUGGCUCCCAAUCCAGAUGACAUGGAAGAAGAUCCUUAAUGAUCAGUGAACUAACUUCACUGUGGUUUUACUACAUUUGGUGAAAAUUAACUGGAAUUACGUUCAAUUCAUUUGCUAUACUUAUGUAAACUUUACAAGCCAUGAAAUUAAUUGCACUCUUUUUGCUGAAUGCCUAAGAAGUUUUUUAAAAAAAUUUUUAAAGGCACUGUCAAAUAAUUUGGAGAUGACUCCAGUUUGGAGUUACUCCAGAUACUGUAUAACAAAAUGUCUUGAAAUCAAAUUGUUUGUGUAACAAAUAAUUGUUUGCUAGAAACAUUUGAUAAUGUACAAAGUAGUCUAUAAUGACACUGUUCAGUACAUUUUUAUAUUUUUUGUUAUGUGCCACUUUUUGUAAAUAUUUUCAAAAAGCUUGAUAAUAAAAUGUAUUUCUGUAUCACCAUA